UCAAGCGUAUGCCCUUAAAUUAGCGUUACUGAAACUCAAUCAAAGAAAAAGAAAAUCCAACCUUUCCGGCUUUUUGUUUCUGCAUGUCGAAAGAAGCAGCCAUUUUAGCACUUAAACUCCUCCAUGAGAAAGCUAACAAUGAAUUCUACUAAAUUCUUUUUUGUCAGUACUGUAUUGUUCCUCUUCCUUGUGAUUCUUCCCUCUUCCAUUUCGGUUACCCUAGACGCCAUUACACCAAACCAACCCCUAAGAGAGGGCGACGUUCUUCUCUCCACCACUGAAUUCUUUGCACUAGGGUUUUUUAAGCCAGGCAAUUCUCAUAACCGUUACAUCGGAGUUUGGUACAACAAAAUUCCAAUCAAAACCAUUGUCUGGAUUGCAAACAGAGAAAACCCCAUAGUUCCUACUGCUGGAACUGGACUUCUAGCCAUUCAUGCAGAUCAUGGUGGCCUUGUUAUGUAUGGGGAGGACCAAAAUACCCCUUUCUGGUCCACUAAUCUCACCGUCUCUUCUCCAAACAAUUCCGUGAUAGCCAAGCUUUGGGAUACGGGAAAUCUUGUUGUAGUUGAAAUUAAUGGCGGUAGUAGUGAAAAGGUGUUGUGGCAAGGUUUUGAUUAUCCCACAAAUACGAUGCUUCCUUUUAUGAAACUUGGGCUGGACAGGCGAUCCGGGUUGAACUGGUUCCUCACAUCUUGGAAGUCCCAAGAUGACCCGGGAAUGGGCAACUGCUCGUACCGGAUAGAGACAAGUGAGAGUCCACAGGGGUUCUUAUACAUGGGUCAGACUCCAUUGUGGCGGACUGGACCUUGGAUCGGUGAAAGAUGGUCCGGGGUGCCUCAAAUUAAAAAAACUUUCUACUCCAACGUUACUUUUGUGAACACUCAAGAUGAGGUAUCCAUCAUGGAUGGUACUGUUUAUGAAUCAAUCUUCUUUAAAAUGGUGAUCAAUGAAUCAGGAAACAUUGAACGGUCCGCAUGGCAUGAUAAUAAAUGGGUCCCGUAUUGGUCGCCGGAUCGGCAGUGUGAUUUUUACGGGAAGUGUGGUCCGAAUAGCAUUUGUUACCCAAACCCAAACUUUGCGGAUAAAUUUGAGUGCAAAUGCCUACCUGGAUUCGAACCCAAGUUGCAACAUGAGUGGUAUUUGGGAGAUUGGUCAGGCGGGUGCGUGAGGCAAAAAGGAUCAUCCGUUUGCCAAAACGGGGAAGGGUUCUUGAAGUUGGAAAGUGUGAAGGUGCCGGACACUUCUACGGCACGUGUGAACAUGAGUAGGAGUGGGGAAGCAUGUAAAGAAGAAUGCCUGAGAAAUUGUUCUUGCACGGCAUACGCAAAUGCAGAUGAAAGGCAGGGAGGGAGUGGCUGUAUAACAUGGCAUGGCGACUUGAUUGACACGAGGACCUUUUUGUAUACGGGUCAAGAUUUGUAUGUGCGAGUUGAUGCAAAUGUUUCAGCUCAAUACGCAAAGAAGUCAAACAGUUCUUUUGGCAAGAAGAGGAAGCUGGAAGUUUCAGUAGCAUGUGGUCUAUUGUUCUUCCUUUUGUUUUCCCUUGCAUGUUGGUUGGUAAAGAGGAAGAGAAAAGGUAAGAGAAGUCAGGAUAAACUUUUCAAUGUGACCAUAGCAUCAACCUCCUGGGAAGAUUCUUCUGCUAGAACAAAUAUUGAUGAAAGUGGAAUAAACUCUGAAUUACCAUUCUUUGAACUAAGUACCAUAGUUAAAGCCACACAUAAUUUCGCUUCCAACAACAAGCUUGGAACAGGUGGUUUCGGCUCCGUUUAUAAGGGUGUGCUUGAUAAUGGAAAGGAGAUAGCAGUGAAAAGACUAGCCAAGAAUUCUGGCCAAGGAAUUGGAGAGUUUAAGAAUGAAGUUGUGUUGCUUUCAAAGCUCCAACACAGGAACCUUGUGAGGAUCAUGGGUUGCUGCGUUCAAGAUGAAGAGAAGAUGCUGAUCUAUGAAUACUUGGCAAACAAAAGUCUUGACUUUUUCAUUUUCGCAAAAGAGGCGUUCUUGGAUUGGACAAGACGCCUUGAGAUAAUAUGUGGGAUUGCUAGAGGGAUUUUAUAUCUUCAUCAGGAUUCAAGAUUAAGAAUCAUCCAUAGAGAUCUAAAGGCCAGCAAUGUUUUGUUGGAUUCUGCUAUGAACCCCAAGAUUUCAGAUUUUGGUAUGGCUAGGAUAUUUGGAGCUGAACAAAUUGAAGCAAAUACAAACCGUGUGGUUGGGACAUACGGUUAUAUGUCACCAGAGUACGCAAUGGAAGGAUUUUUUUCAGUAAAGUCUGACGUAUAUAGCUUUGGCGUUUUACUACUAGAAAUUGUUACUGGCAGAAAGAACACUAGCUACUACCACGAUAGUUCUUACUCAAAUUUAGUUGGACAUGUUUGGGACUUGUGGAAGGAAAAUAAAGCCUUGGAAAUCAUUGAUUCAUCUCUAGGAGAAUCAUACCCUGUCAAUGAAGUUCUAAGAUGUAUUCACAUUGCCCUCUUGUGCGUGCAAGAGCAAGCGAAGGAUCGUCCACUCAUGUCAGCAGUGGUUUCCAUGUUGGGUAAUGAUGCAGCAAUUCCUUCACCAAAGCAACCUGGAUUUUUGUUGAAGAGAGGUUAUCAUACUAGUGGAGACCCAUCAACCAAUACUGAUGGAGCUUGCUCUGUAAAUGACAUGACCUAUACAGAAGCAGAAGGUCGCUAAGGGGAGAACCAGACUUAUAAUCAGACAGACUAUAUUAUUCAAUUGAGAAUCACAUGAUGAGUGAGAUAAGAAGAGAGGAUAUACCCCGAUUUCACUCAAUAAUUUGCCUUAUAACCAGGGAUCUAAGUUCUAUAUUAAUUUGCAACACUCAUCAUCUGUCAUGUUGUAAAUACACGUUAUAAAAUAUAUGCCCUAUAAUUGGGGAUCUAAGUUCUACAUCAGCUAUA